AUGUCAGAAAUAAGCACCGGGACGCUACAAAGACAUUCAGUCAAGACACAGAGACUUCAGUGUGGCGUGACCCAGGAGAGAGAACAUCCUUGUGAGACCAGAUAUCCUGACCAGAGAGACAACAGAGGUGAUGGCUGCCUCUGUGAACAUGAAGCCAUCAUUUGCCCUCGUCUUGCCUCUCCUCCUCAUGCCCCUCAUCAGUGCCCAGGUAGCCCACUGGGGGCCUUGUCCAGAACCAGCCGUCCAGCCUGCCUUCAGCAUGAAAAAGUCCUGCCCUACUCGUCUUACUGGAUCAUCUCCACUGACUAUGAAAACUCAGCUCUAGUCUAUUCCUGUACCGAUGUCCUGCGUCUGUUCCACAUGGACUUUGCCUGGAUCCUGGGGCGCACACGCACCCUCCCUGUCGCCACCAUCGACAAAGCCAGGGAGAUCUUCACAAGCAGCAACAUUGAUGUAAGCCGGAUGGUCACUAGCAGGCAGCAGGGCUGUGACAAGACUCUUUGAGAGAUGGAAUAGAGUUUGAUAGAGUAGAUGGGAACUUAGUUGACUUUUCCCACAGGGAAAUUUUGUUUGCAUCAACAUAGUAUGCAGAG